AUGUCUUUCACUACUGCGAUUCGUGACACUCUGGGAAGCCCAUCGACAGCAUAUGGUUUCUGGCUCACUCUUCCCGGUGCAGGUGUCGUCAAGACCAUCCUUCGUUCCACAGUUGGCUCGCCAGAUGGCGGUUUUAGCUGGGUUUUGGUUGAUGCCGAGCAUGGCUUGAUUUCAGACAAGGAUUACUACGAGCUCAAUAAUGCCAUCGGUUCCGAAGGUUCCAGCCCGAUUAUCCGUGUCCCCUGGGCAGAAGAAUGGAUGAUCAAGCGUGCCCUCGACGCCGGCGCUCACGGAAUCAUGACCCCUAUGUGCCACUCAGCUGAAGACGCAGCCAAAGUCGUAAAAUGGUGCAAAUACCCACCCACCGGAAGCCGUGGGUAUGGACCUAUGUUUGCCGCUCACUCUCUCCCUCGAGGAACGAAUUACGAUGAGGGUGCGGAUAAGGCCUUGAUGGUCGUUGUGCAGAUCGAGUCGAGAUCUGGGGUUGAGAAUGUUGAAGAGAUUGCCAAGGUUGAUGGGCUUGAUGUGCUUUUUAUCGGACCCUUCGAUCUUGCUAAGCAGACUGGAGUUGUCCGCGGUGGUGAGGAGCACGAAGCUAUGAUCCAGCGUACCCUCAGAGCUGCAAAGGCCGCUGGAAAGAAGGCCGCUAUCUUCUGUGUCGACGGUGCCGAUGCCCAAAAGCGUGCUAAGCAAGGAUUCGACAUGGUUUCGAUUAUUACCGAUGUGGGCGUUUUGGCUCAAGCCAUGGCCCAGCAGUUGGAUAUCGCCAAGGGCAAAGUAAUAGAAGGAAAUAACCAGAGAGAUGGUUACUAA